ACACCAACACAUAAAGAAAUAUGCUCCCCACCGUCCUCUUCCCGAAAAUAUCACUGCCCAAAGUAAUUUUUUAUGGCAGCGAUUGUUGAUCGCCAUCUCUAUCCUCCUCCUGCUCGGUCAAUGAUCGCACGCUUCCUUAAACACAAAUUCCCCUCCCCCUCCUCCUUCUCCUUCUUAUCUAUCUCUCUCUGCCUCGCUGAGUGCCCGGUUGUCGUUCCUAUCGAGCGAAAAAUGACCAUUGAAGAAGCGGAGCCGAAUCCUCACGUCCUAGGCUGGAUAGAGGACUCGGUGCCGCUCUUCCCUUCGUUUCUCCAUGACCCAUAUGACCCUGCCGAGAUCAAUGGCUACAACUGGUGGGAUCCGAAUCAAGAUUUCGCGCACGAUCUCAUCAACACCAGCUCGGCUUCCAUCGCCAGCACCGUCACCACAGCAGACAGCAAUACUCACGCUGAUACAACCGCCGUCACCACACACACGGCCACAGAUCCUACCGCUGCCGCCACCACUAACCAUUCAGAAGAGUCGGUCAAACAGGAAACGUCCAAGAAGAGAAAAGCAUCGUUAGGUAAUCAAGAUCACACCCGAAGGAGAAACCGAAGUGUUAGUACCAUUGAGAACCCCGGAUCCUUCAAUGUGAAGGCGGCAAAACCAGUGCUGGGAGGAGUGAAGAGGCCUUCCAGCAAGAAACGCCCAGCUAUGUCCUCGGGAAACAACAGCAACGGCGGUAACAAGGAAGGGAGGUGGGCGGAGCAGUUGCUCAACCCGUGCGCAGCCGCCAUCACUGCCAACAACCUCACACGGGUGCAACACCUCCUCUAUGUUCUCCACGAACUAGCCUCCCCGACCGGUGAUCCCAACCACCGCCUCGCCUCACAUGGCCUCCGUGCCUUGACCUACCACCUGUCCCCGUCCACCUCUCUCCCAUCAUCAGCUCCUUUCACAUUCUCAUCGGCAGAGCCGCGCUUCUUCCAGAAAUCUCUCCUCAGGUUCAACGAGAGCAGCCCCUGGUUCGCCUUCCCGAGCAACAUCGUGAACUCCUCCAUCCUCCAAGUCCUCAGCGACGAACCAGACAAGUCACGGAACCUCCACAUCGUCGACAUCGGCGUCUCCCACGGCGCACAGUGGCCGACGCUGCUAGACAACCUCAGCCGCCGCCCCGGCGGGCCCCCUCCGCUGGUCCGCCUCACUGUGAUCUCUCCCACGGGGGAAGGUGGCAACGCUGACAUCCCCUUCUCCAUGGCUCCCCCAGGCCACGACGUGUCCCCGCUCCUCCUUGGGUUCGCCAAGACCCUCAACAUCAACCUCGAAAUCAACCGCCCCGGCAAGCUCCCCCUCCAAAGCCUAAAUCCCCAAUCCAUCAACACCUCCCCGGACGAAACCCUUAUUGUCUCCGCCCAAUUCCGCCUCCAUUACCUGAGCCACAGCGACCGCACCGAGUUCCUCAAAUCCGUCCGAGCCCUGAGCCCGAAGGGCAUGAUUCUGACAGAGAACAAUGAAAACUGCGCAUGCGCAGGGUGCGUGGACUUCGCAACUGGGUUCUCCCGGCGGAUCGAGUACCUGUGGCGGUUCCUGGACUCGACGAGCGCGGCGUUCAAAGGGAGGGAGACCGAGGAGAGGAGGUUGAUGGAGGGAGAGGCAGCGAGGGCUCUGACAAGCACGGCGGAGAUGAACGAGGGGAGGGAGAGGUGGUGCGAGCGGAUGAGGGAGGCAGGGUUCACUGGGGAGGGGCUCGGCGAGGACGCCAUCGACGGAGGGCGAGCUCUGCUGAGGAAGCACGACGGGAACUGGGAGAUGAAGGUGGAGGAAGACGGCGGGAGCCAUUGCUGCGUCAGCUUAGGGUGGAAAGGUCAGCCUGUGUCCUUCUGUUCGUUAUGGAAGUUGAGCGGUGGCGGGAAAUGACGAGCGAUUCAUUAGUGAAAAAUUGUGGGGGCUUAGAGAUUAUUUAAUUAGAUUAAAGCCUAAUUAAUCAGCUUGUAAAAUAGUGAAAUUUGGUGCUUUUUGGUUAUUAUUCUUGCGUUCGCUUCCUGCGUCUGCAAUUUGCAAAGGAGCAUGAAAAGGUAAGUAGUAUAUGGUAAUGACGAGUGCCGUCCGUUUGAUUUAGCAGAUGUCUAGGUUUCCUGCCUUGUGGAUUGAAUAAGGUUUUCUGCACCUAUGUUGCAAUAACGUGUUGACGCGAUUUAUAAAUAGUAGCUCCAACUU